CACUGCUUCAUUUUACUACCAUACCGAUAGACAUCGCUCAAGUGCUGACCUUGUCACAUCGACACUAAUCCAAAUGCGACACACAAUUAAACCCCAGCCCUUGGAGGGCAAUGGCGCGCGAUCUCAUCAAACGAAAAGCCUCAAAUCGACCUCGCGUAAACAUGCUGGGUCUUCUAGGCAGUUGGACCAGCUUUCUCGGCUUUACGAUGACGCUAUGGAUCUUUUCAACCAAUCUGCUCUUGCAGCUUCUUUUGAAGAUAUGCUCAAUGUGAAGAACCGCCCACGGAUCACGAGACUCGUGUCUCUUGGUCUUGGCAGUCUCUUGGACUCGAAAGACCAACAACGCCGAAUUAAGCAACUUGUUAUCUUUAUGGCUAUCGCAUCUCAUCUCACAAUACCAAUGACCGAGAAGGGUCCGCUCACGUUAUACGCCCAAGAUCCCACUUUUACAGCCAUAGACGAAGCUUUCCUCAACGGUCUUGGCAUUACUGUGCUCAGGACGCCAUCUUCAUCAGAUUUGGGUGAUGCAGGGCAAAUGAUCAAUGAGGAGACCCUUGUAUACAGCCCUUUUUUGACCAUCGCCACAUACAAGUUGUUGUUCUCUCAAUCAUUACACACAUCAACACAAUCUUCAGGAUCACCAAAGAUUCCGAUCCUCGUCAGCGACGACUUUAACGCCUUGAAGCUCAAGUGGGAUAAACGGACUAGCGAGCAUCGAGAUGUGGAGACCUUGAUAAAGGGAGCAAAAGCCGGCAACUAUCGUCGUCGCGCAGUUAAUGGGGAUGGUUUCUGGGCCGAGUCAGAUCGACCGUUCCCUCUGGCGAUAUACUGGAGGCAAGCAGCUGCUCAGCAGAAACGACGUGUAGAACGGGAGUCUUGCGCUUCGGCGAUGAACUUCACACGGGAAAGCCAGGCCAUGUCUAUUCAAGUAUAGAUGACAUGUUUGAAGAAGAGAAGGCAUUCAUUUCGGGACAUAAUAGAGGAUAUCUAUAGAAGUGAGCGAUGUAGCGGGGCGUUACCGGGCAAAAAUCGAAGAUUAUACAUGAUAUAUUU